AGAAACAUAGUUUUCGAGAAACACUGAUUUUACCACUCAAAAUUCAACAACUGCGAAACAGGCAAUGAAACUGCUUCACACAGGGGUCCUACCAACUUCACUGUCCAUAGGAAUGACGUCUGUAGGGUUAAUCAGCUGAUUCUGAGCGAUGAAAUGAACCAAAAUAAUACGGUUUAUCUACUAAAAGAGGGUUAACAUCUAUCGAGAGUGGAGCAUAUUCUGGUCGGACAUUGUUGUCAUGCUUUAUUUUGACCGUCAUCAUGGACAAGAUACUGGAGGGCCUUGUGAGCUCCGAUCACUCUGUUCCAGUGAAGAGGGCCAUUGUGAAGAAGGUAGUGGAAGCAGCUGAGAAAGAGGUGACGGAGGAGCAGUGUCAGGCGUUGUUUACUCUCACCACCCGCCUCAUCUUGCUUGGUGAAGAUGCCUUCCAGAAGCAGAUUGGCUUCCAGGUUUUGGAGGCCUACGCGCGUUACCACCGCCCGGAGUUUGAGCUUUUCUUCAGCAAAGACUUUGUCCACACUCUUCUCCUGCAGGGCUACGGCCCGCUGGACCGCAAAGACCCGGUCAUAAUAGACUACGUUCACUGCUGCCUGCGGCUGCUCAUCAGCUGCCCCUCGGUGCUCGAGAUCUUCAGCGUGAUUCAGGUGGAGGUUUUAAGGAUGGUGUGCGAACGUCCUGAGCCUGCUCUUUGUGCCCACCUGAGCACUUUGCUGUCGGACUUUGUGCAGUGCAUCCCGAGGGAGAAGUCGGGCGUUUUGUUCUGCCAGCAGCUGGUGAGGACCAUCAGUUACUUCCACUGCUUUGCCAGCGAAGAACGGGAGCUGCAAGAGUAUGUAGGUCAGGUGACAAAGGUUAGCACACUGCUGCAAAACAUCUGGAAAGCGGAUCCAGCCACGCUGCUUCCCUCGCUGCAGGAAGUGUUUGCCAUUAUCUCUUCCACAGACCCCGCCUUUGACCCAUCCAUCGCUCUGGCCAGCCUGGUGCAGCACAUCCCCGUCCAAAUGAUCACAGUGCUCAUCAAGAGUCUCACCACAGACCAAAAUGUUAAAGACGCAAGCAUGACUAAAGCGCUCUGCAGGAUGAUUGACUGGCUUUCUUGGCCCCUGGCCCACCAUGUUGACACCUGGGUUAUUGCUCUGCUGAAAGGACUGGCUGCCGUUCAGAAGUUCACUAUCCUCAUAGAUGUCACUCUGCUUAAAAUUGAACUGGUAUUCAGUCGUCUGUGGUACCCUAUUGUGCGGCAGGGGGCGCUAGCUGUGCUCUCCCACAUGCUGCUGAGUUUCCAGCACUCUCCUGAGGCCUUCCAUUUGGUUGUUCCACAUGUGGUGCAUCUAGUCCAGUCUUUGAGGACAGAUGGUCUCCCCACCAGCAAAGCUUUCUUACUGCAGUUCACUGAGCUCAUACACUGCAUGAUGUACCAGUACUCCGGCUUCCCUGACCUCUACGACCACAUACUGGACGCCAUCAAGGAUCUCCCAAAACCUGGAGAAGAGAAGAUCAAGCUGGUGUUGAAUCAAAGUGCCUGGACGUCCCAGUCCAACUCAUUUGCCUCAGGUCCUCUGAGGCAAGUUGGGAAGUCUGAGACCGGCAAGACUGGCCUGGUCAACCUGGGGAACACCUGCUUCAUGAACAGCAUCAUCCAGACCCUCUUCAUGGCCACAGAUUUCAGGCGACAUGUUUUAUCAUUACCUCUAAAUGGUUCCAACACACUAAUGAAAAGGCUCCAGCUGCUCUUUGCUUUCCUUGCACACACUCAGAGGGCAGCAUAUGCUCCCAGAAACUUCUUAGAAGCAUCUCGGCCUCCCUGGUUCAAUGUUGGCUCUCAGCAGGACUGUUCUGAGUACCUCAGAUUUCUUCUGGACAGGUUACACGAAGAGGAGAAAACACUUCAGGUCCUGGAAUCGGUAAAGCCAAAGGUUGCCCCCCCUGUUGACACAAGCAGCAAAGACCCAACAGCGCAGACUUCUCCAGAGGACGGUGAAGAGACCUCUUUGACCCCAGCAGAAAUCAAACCUGAGGAUGAUGGGAGGACUUUGACAGAAAGGAUGUUUGGUGGGAAGCUGAUCACAUGUAUUCGCUGUAUGCAGUGUAACUGCAUCUCUGAGAAGGAGGAGCCUUUUACAGACCUCUCUUUGGCCUUCUGUCCUCCUGCCACCUCUCGGGACAGCCCUCAACCUGAGGGGUCCUCAGAGGAAGCCAAGGUUCUCUGUCAGGGAUCUGUCAAUGGCGGCAGUGAAAUUCCUGAGCCGGGCUCGGCCAAAGCCCCAGCUAGCAAUGUCAGUUUGGUGCCAGUGACAAAUGAGCCUCCUCUCUCUGUGCCUGACCUGGUGAACUAUUUUCUGGCUCCAGAGAUCCUGGACGAAGAGAAUGCCUAUUUCUGUGAGAAGUGUAGCUCCCUCCAGCGGGCAGAGAAGAACAUGAAAGUGGUGUCAGCGCCAGAAUACUUGAUCCUCACCCUGCUGCGAUUCUCAUAUGAUGCCAAAUGCCAUGUGCGGAGGAAGAUUCUGGACAAUGUCACCAUCCCGCCACUCAUGAGACUUCCUGUGCAUGCUACUUCAAAGCCUGCACAGUGCUCCUCCUCUACCUCUUCUCCUCUGCAAGUGGACUCUCCUGAGAGCAGCGAGAAUCUGGCCAAGAAACUCAAACCAUCUCAAAAAGAUGAGGAGGAGGAGGAGGAGAAGGAGAGGAUAGAUGGAGCAGAGCAGAUACACAGAGGAGGAGGGAUGUCAGUCCAGUCAGUGCCCUAUGUCCUCAGCUCAGUGGUGAUGCAUUCUGGUGUAUCGUCCGAGAGUGGCCACUAUUACUCUUACGGUCGUAACAUUAACGGAGCAGAUGGAACACAGCAUCCAGCCAACCACUUUGCCCUCAAGGAGGAUUUGGGGAACGGCCAGUCCGAGUGUAGCCUCUCCACUUGCUCAGCUCUCUCAAUUCCACACGAACAAGAGGAAACACUACCUAACAGUGGCCAGGAGGCAAAGGAUUGGCUGCUGUUCAAUGAUAGCAGAGUGACAUUCACAUCCUUCCAAUCAGUGCAAAACAUUACAAAACGCUUCCCCAAGGACACAGCUUAUGUGCUCAUGUACAGGAAACAGGAGCUACCGGGGCAGAACGUAAAUGGGGGAUUGAUGGCAAAUGGAAUGAGAGUGAGUGCUGAGCCUCCCCUGCAGAAAGACCUACUGGAUGCUAUUAUCAAGGACAACAAGCUGUAUUUACAGGAACAGGAGCUCAAUGCUCGGACCCAGGCUCUCCAGGCCCCUUCAUCCUCCUGCUCAUUCAGGCCCAACGGUUCAGAUGACAAUAACCCACCAGGGAGCUGCGGCCCAUCUGGUGGAGGUGGAGGUGGAGGGGGCUUCAAUACCAUUAGCAGACUGGUCUUCUGAAAGAAAAAAAAUGCUGCAGGAAACCUGAUGAACUGGCACCAAGCAAGUCCUGAAGUGAUCAUACAGAAGCCUGAACCGUUAAACCAUAGAUGUGCAUAUAACC